CUUACGAUUUUACCACUGCCUGCCAAACCUUAAUCGUGUGGAGCGACCUUGAAAGCUACAGAGACGUUAAUCGACCAUAGAUAGGACUGACGUGGGAGUUCGACUCGCUAGUGUGAACCGGCCAGGUCGUCGGUCACACUCUCUUAUCACCCAUUUCACACGCUCCUCCCAUCCAAUCAUUAUGAACACCCUUUCGCGCCACAUAGCCUGCAAACUAUGUCGCGACAGAAAAGUAAGGUGUGAUGGCGGCCAGCCCUCAUGCGAGAAAUGUCGGCGGUCUGGCGAGACAUGUAUUUACGUGCCGACUCACAAACCUACAAAAGCCGAUUUAGCCCAAACUAUUGAGAGUUUACAGGAGCGAUUAGAUAAAGCGGAAGCGUAUAUAUUGACACACAGUAACACGAGUAAGGCUCCCGCACCAAAUGAGCCAAUACCGCUGCCAACACCUCACUCAGCGAUGGGAGUCGAGUAUCCGGACUGUUCGGGGUUCAAUCUGCCAAUACAGACGGCGGUGCCAGCACCAGAUCCCUUCAUGGCCGCGGGGAUCCACGGCAUACCGCCGACCCCUUUUUCGCAUCAAUCACUGCCCAUGUCACCGGAAAACAUGGACAACGAGUUCAUGAGCUACAUACCCAGCCCGCACAUGAACAUACCCAACGACGCUUCCCACUUCCAAAUGGACGACAUGAGGCGGAUAGACGAGAUGUCCGGACCUGGCACCACCUCAUCCUCGUAUCGGCGUGAGAGUGUCUAUUCGCACAGGCAGAUGCCUAGCCUCCGAGAAGUCAGGAUAGUAAACGGGUCAUCGACAUCGACGACGUCGCCGCCGCCGUCGCCCAGCGGGAGGGGUCAUAGAGCGGACGACGCCAAUCACAUCCUGGCAGAGCUCACGGCCUUCGGAAUGGCCGUGUUCAACACGCAGGCCGAGAUUGCGGGAAUCUCCUCCGUCGUGGCCGAGUACUUGGAAUGGAUGCGCAAGGCGCCCCCGACGAACAACCAGGGGUCACCGAAGGCGAAUCCCGCGGUUCUAGAGACGCUGGAGACCCGUGUGCGCGAACUCAACGCGCUGGCGGGCACAAAACACGCAGAGGCGUGGAGGCAGUCCGUCAACAGGCUCGAGAGGAUACCAGGGGUCGGCGCCAUGCUCAACCUAUUCGACAACGAGAUGCAUCGGCGGAGCGGCGAGACGGCCGAGUUCUUCCAUACCAACUACGACAUAUGCGCGCCGCUCGCGGACCAGCAGAUGCGGAAAGAGUAGCGUGCGUGUCCUUUGCUCGCUUGCUACGACGAUUUACGAUUACGAGAGUUAUCAUAACUGGACUGUAUAUAUAACUCCUAUAUAUACCCCUUAUAUAUAUAUCGUCCUCGAGUUGCACAGUUGCAUCUUGUAUUGUACAUAUUUCCCGGCCACGGGUCCUCUAGCGUGCGUCCUUCAUAAUUAUCAUGACAAUGGAGUUGGGGCCUAUCUUUUGGCUAGCUAGCUGUCUGGCUGGCUGGGUUCUUCAUGUAGACCGAUAUUAG